AUGGUGACGGAGCGCAGGCCGUGGUCGGCCACAGUCACGUUGCUCUUGGCCUUGCUCGCCUGCUUGGGGCCUCUGGUCCAGCCCUACCCCACCAAACCCGAGCAUCCGGGCCAGGAUGCAUCGCCGGAGGAGCUGAAGCGCUACAACACCUCCUUGCGCCACUACUUCAACCUCAUCACCCGGCAGCGGUAUGGGAAACGGGACAUCUCUGAUGCUCUUCUGUUCAAACUGCUCUUCACUGACCCAGAGGACCCGGUGAAGUCGAGGCCAGAAAGCCCCUCCAUGUGGUGAUGCGCUCCAAGACCACCCGGGAGAUAUGUCCACUCAGCACCCCCAUC